AGCAAAAAACGCGUCUCCCAGAGUCCGGACGCGUCUGACGCUUUGUUCGACAUUUCACACAACCUUAGGAUGGUUGAUUCUCACCGGCACCCCACCACUCCACCCUCUACGGUCAACAGCAUCUCCAUUUAUCGACGGCAGUGGCCCUUUGCCGUCUCAUCAUGGCUUUUCGUAUACGUUUGAAUAAUAUUGAUUCUUAUCAAGCCUACCCAACCACUCUCGACCCUUCAUUCCCUCAUAUCCCUGAUGAUGAACGUCCACCGAAGAUUCCGAUAGUCCGGGUCUUUGGUGCCACUGAGACUGGUCAGAAAGUGUGUGCGCAUAUCCAUGGGGCUUUCCCAUAUCUCUAUGUUGAAUAUCCCGGGAAAAGUUUGAUGCCGGAAGACGGUAAGGAUUUAUAUUGCGACCAACCUAGCUGCCGAAGGGCUUGUUUAAACUAACCUUGCUAUCCUAGUCCACAACUUCCUUACUCGUUUUCGGCGGGGCGUAGAUCGGGCCAUGGGGCUAUCUGCUGGGCGCUCCAUUCGGUCACAAGAGAGGCCUCCUCGCUUUGUCGCUCAUAUAUCAUUGGUCAAGGGUGUCCCGUUCUACGGCUUUCAUGUUGGGUGGAGGUUUUAUUGCAAGAUAUACCUGUUCAACCCGCAUAUGAGGGGCCGGCUUGCAAGAAUUUUGCAGAGUGGAGGUGUUUUGAGUAGGGUUUUCCAGCCACAUGAGGCUCACAUCCAGUACAUACCACAGUUUAUGAUUGAUUUCAAUCUAAAUGGAUGUGGGUUCAUCGAGUGCGACAAGGUCCUCUUUAGAGGUGAUAUACCAGAUGCAGAUGAGAUAGGGGAGCAGCAUCUCUGGCACAACAAGUCAAUACCAGGGGCAUCUAUCCUGCCCGAGAGUCAGUUUCAGCGGCAAUCUUAUUGCAAUUUGGAGGUCGAUAUUCAUGUUCGGGAUAUAUUCAAUAGGAAGCAAGUCUCAGCGCGGCCACUUCACUACGACUUUGUCGAACGCACAAAUCCUAUGUCGCCUGACGUAAAACUUGUUCAUAGCAUGGCAGAGCUAUGGAAAGAUGAGAACCGACGGAGGGGUAAAGGUGGUAAGCCUGCAGAGGGUCUGGUGUCUUCAUCUUCUGAUCAGCGGGCGCCUCCUGGUGCUUGGAUUCACGAGGAAGAGUAUCGAGAGAGGAUAAAAGACCUAAUCAAGACUGAGAGGCAGGCUAGUGACGGCCGCACCGUCAGAUUUGAAACUUAUGUAUCUCGUACACAAUUCGAAAACCUUUGGCCAACCGCCUUCGAGAGUGUGGCGGAAUCAUUUGGGGGAGGAGGCCUUCCUCCGGACAAGAAGGUCGAGCUUGAAGUAGAAGCUGAAAUCGCUGAAGUCGACGAGAGUCUGCUUUACAAUAUCGGUGAGGGAGAGUUCAGCGAUAGUGAUUUCGAGGGCCUCUUUGAUGUAAUAGAUGAUUCAGAGGUCGGGAAGAAUGCUCAAGCUAAAGCUGAGAAGAGUCACAAACCAGCAGAAAAUGGGUUGGUAGGAGAACAGCAGGGACACGGGCUAAAGAUAUCAUCGUCACCGCCAAUGCGGGAAACCUCAAAUGGGGAGGGUCGGGUUGAAAAGUGCUUGCCUAGCAACAGUCCGCGAUUAACUGUCACGGAUGGUUCAUAUAAGAGACUAGUUGAGGAAUUCAUGGAAGAGGAAGACGAUAUAGUCAUUACUGAUAGCAGGGUCUGGUUUCCGACGGGUGCUGUUGAUCCAGAUGUACCUACCUCAUAUCAAGUUCCCUCAAAGCGAAUGAAGAUGGAGUUUACUUCCUCGAAUGUUGAGAGUCAAAUCCCGCGGACUUCUGAUCGCUCUGACGUCCUUGAAAAAACCUGUUCGACUCCUGACUCAGUUGGGAAGGGUGUAUCUAAUGCGAAAUCUUCUAUACUCUUCAGCGGCCACGCUUCUUCCGCAGAGCCUGGGGGCCGCUUCAUGGACUCCGGAUCUGAAAACUCGAAAACUGGAGUUUCGGAACCAGAACCUUCGCAAACUAGCCGCAAAAGAGCCCACACUCCUUCCAGUAGUGCUAAUGACACGCCUAGGCCAAGGAAGAUUAGUCGUCGAAGUAAAGUGGCCGUCGAUUUAUCUGAUCUUCGUAAGUACAAUUGAAAUUCUCAUCUCGUCACGGCCUAUUGUGCUAAAUUAUCGCCAGCUACCCGACUAGACCCAGUCACUUCGCUGUGCAAUGCCUUUGACAUCCCUUCGAGCGGUUCAAUAAGGUGUUACAGUCAACGUGCUCCAUCUUCGUCCGAACUCUUAACCCCUGAAGACAAGGAAGAAAUCACUAGGGUAACCUACCAAGAGCCAUAUUACAGCGAUGAGAAAGACGUCCCGGCGAAGCCCUGGGAAUAUGCGGGGCGUGAAUUCAAGUUCAGAUCAAGCAAGCUGUCGGAUCUUCCUAUCUUCAACCCCAAUAACGAAAAUAGAAUUAUCUGGGAAUACAACAGACUAAAUCAGCGGGAUCCUAGAUUCAAAGUGUGGAAUAUAGCAGAGGUGCCGCCGAGUAGGAAGGAGGCGGUGAAGUUACUGGAAGAGGGGAGGUCAGCGAAGGAGGUGAAGGGUAUGAGACAGAAUGUCGCAUAUGAGUGCAACAGCUUUUUGGCGUCUCAGGUUUGUGCGCAACUUGCUCGUGUUCUUGAGAGGACGAUGCUGAGAGGCUUUCGUUUUGGUGUCAAUUAUAGAUUCAGGGGCCCACACAGAAGAAUAAAUAUGGUUUUAAGUUUUCACAGAAUGCAAAGUCGGAUAGUGUGCAGCACGAGUUACAGCAUAUGAGUAUUAUGAGUUUAGAGCUUCAUAGUGGGUGCUUUGGUAUCCACAAUCCAAAGAGUCAGGUCUAAUACUUGCGGUAUAGCGAACACUGUGGAGGACUUUGUUCCAAACGCGGAGCGGGACCAGAUCGAGUGUAUCUUCUGGUCUUUCAAGGAAAUGGAAGAGGGUGAGGAUGGUGAGGUUAAGGAAGUGUCCGUAUCGCCAUCUAGUCUUUUUAUCCCCAGUAUUUGUACAGCCACUAAUCUGCUUAGUACUCGUAUCGGAAUUAUUACCUUAGUAGAUGAACGUAAUGAUGAUUCCGACCCUGGCCUGAAAUUUCGCCGCCAGUGCAGAGCCGACGUUCGAACCGAGUCUUCAGAGCUUGGCAUGAUAAAUACACUAAUCGAUACUGUGCGGGCCCUCGACCCGGAUAUUCUCACAGGAUGGGAGGUCAACUCCAGCUCCUGGGGCCACCUUAUCAAGCGCGCCAGGCACCUCUUCGGUAUGUCCCGACAUUAGCUCCCCGAAAUAGAAAUGGUUCUGAAUCAAGUCAGACAUGAACCUCUGUGACGACCUCUCCCGAGUUAAGACAGAAACUCAUAGUAGAUUUGGCAAAGAAUCCAAUCUCUGGGGGUUUAAUACCGGCUCUGCCAUCAAGAUUACCGGAAGACACAUGGUAAACAUAUGGCGAGCUAUGACCGCGGAACUUAACCUCCUGGGCUAUUCCAUGGAAAAUGUUGUAUUUCACUUAUUACACCAGAGGUCAGUGAUAUCCUGUGAAGCUGACGCUGCAUCUCAUGGCAGCUAAUAAAAUAGUAGGAUUCCCCACUAUUCAUUCAAAGUCUUGACUGGGUGGUAUACCAGUGGGUCGCUGCUAUUGUUUGGGAAGGCCAUUAAGCAUUUAUUGAGGAAGGUACAGUUAGAUUUAGAGAUUUUAGAUCGGCAGGAGCUUAUUACGCGGACGAGGUGAGUUACGGGAUGGGAUGGAUCAUUUAUUGGGUUGUGGCAGGUAGCUGACCCGCAACUAGUGAGCAAGCGCGCCUUCUGGGAAUCGACUUUGCGUCUGUCUCUGGGCGCGGUUCGCAGUUUAAGGUUGAAUCUAUGAUGUUCCGAAUAGCGAAACCGGAGUCGUUCAUACUGGUUUCGCCGAGCAAGGCACAAGUAAUCAUGUCCGGGCAUUUGAAACUAUAAAGUAUACUGAGGCGGUUUUUAGGUUGGGCAGCAAAAUGCACUUGAAUGCCUGCCUCUGGUUAUGGAGCCUUUCUCAAGGUUCUAUACCAGCCCAGUAGUUGUUUUGGAUUUCCAAUCUUUAUAUCCGUCCGUGAUGAUUGCACACAACUAUUGCUACUCCACAUUCCUGGGUAGAAUGACGCCGUGGCGUAGCGAGAAUAAGAUGGGCUUCACACACCUCCAUCGCCCUCCCCGGCUUCUGGAACUCUGUGAGAAGGAUAUCAAUAGCAAGACUUUCCUCCCCUCCCCUCUCUAGCUCUAUUUUAACAUUUAACGAUGUACUAGUCGCACCGAACGGAAUGAUGUACAUCAAACAAACUAUCCGCAAAUCCCUCCUGGCAAAAAUGUUGACGGAAAUCCUCGACACGCGCGUUAUGGUGAAGAACGGCAUGAAGCGUGACAAGCACGACAAAGCCCUCCAAAAGCUACUGAACAGCCGCCAACUCGCGCUGAAGCUCAUCGCGAAUGUUACGUACGGGUACACCUCGGCCUCCCACUCUGGACGCAUGCCAUGCACAGAGAUCGCUGACAGCAUCGUCCAAACGGGGCGCGAGAUCUUGGAAAAAGCCAUCCGUCUAAUCCAAGAAGACCCAAAUUGGGACGCGGAAGUAGUCUACGGCGACACGGACAGUCUCUUCAUCCACCUGGAAGGCCGAACGAAGGAGGAAGCCUUCCGCAUUGGUGAAGAAAUCGCUGCGAGGGUGACGGAGGCGAACCCUCAGCCCAUCAAGCUAAAGUUUGAAAAGGUCUACCUCCCAUGCGUUCUGUUGGCCAAGAAGCGCUAUGUAGGGUUUAAGUACGAAUACCGCGAACAAGCGGAGCCCAACUUCGACGCAAAGGGAAUUGAAACAGUCAGGAGGGAUGGGACGCCCGCCGAGCAGAUGAUCGAAGAGGCUGCACUCAAGAUUUUGUUCAGAACAAAGGAUUUGUCACAGGUUAAGGCUUAUUGUCAAAGGGAGUGGACGAAGAUUAUGAGGGAGAAGGUGUCCAUUCAGCAUUUUUGCUUCGCGAAGGCUGUCAGGCUGGGGACUUAUGCGUACGUUCACCCAUAUAAAAUACUAACAAAAUCCGGAAAUCUAACAAUCGCAAACAGCGAAGGAGCAUCACUCCCCCCCGGCGCACAACUCGCCGCCAAGCGAAUGGAAAAAGAUGCCGAAAACGCUCCUCAAUACGCUGAACGUAUACCGUGAGCCCCCCCUCCCCUCUCACCCCCCUCUUCCCCGAUUCUAAAGUUAACACGCCAAAAAGCUACGUAGUAAUAGCCGGCUCCCCCGGCCAAACCCUAGCAGACCGCACAAUCGAAGUCAACGACCUCCUAGCAUCCCCGGAACUGAGGCUAGACUCAGAGUACUACAUCUGCAAAAACAUAAUUCCACCACUGGAGCGCAUCUUCAACCUUGUUGGGGCAAACGUGAGGCAAUGGUAUGACGAGAUGCCAAAGUACAAGCACUUGCGAAAGUUGAUAAAAUCCAACGACCCCACUGCCACUGCCGGGGGCGCCGGCGGCGGUGCGCAGAAGGAGAAGUCCAGAGCGAUAAUAGAAUCAUACAUGACCAAGUCCUCGAACAUUUGCGCUGUAUGCGGUUGUAAGGCUGCUAGGACCAAGAACAGUUCGUGCUCACCUCCUUCUACCUUCCUAUUGUUAACCGGAUUUAACUUAACUUAAUCUAAUUUGGUUAUUCUUUCUCUAUAAAAAAAAGCUAUAUGCAAAGACUGCACCCAAAACCGCGAUGCCUCCAUCAUUCACGUGCGCACAAAACUCGCGCGCGCUGAGAAGCGGGUGCUGGACUUGCAGGCUGUGUGUAGGUCGUGCGAGGGUAGCUCUCCGGGAGAGGAGGUAGCAUGCAUGUCGCAGGACUGUGCGGUCUAUUAUUCGCGCAGGAGGCAGGGUGCUGCGUUCACUUGGGAGAGGGAGAAUGUUGGGGGUGUGUUGGGUGCAUUGGAAGGGGCGGGGGAGUUGGAGUGG